AGAGAGUGAAAAAUAGAGAGGGAGGUAUCGUGUCAGCAAAGGAAAAGGGUUCAGCUCCUGCUGUUCCUUAAACCCCAUUUGUUUGGGCGUUUAUUUCUGGGUUUAGGGUUUUGGCAAUGCCGUCUAGGGUUUUUCCUCCCUUUUCUUAUCCCUUUUCUUAUCCCUUCUCUCUCCCUCUCUUCCUCUGUCGGUUCCUCUCCCUCUUCCUCUUCUCUUUUUCCACUCACUAAUGAUCAUCUUCACUUUUCUUCACAAAACCUCCAAAUGGGUAUGAUGGAUGUCACACAAAAGGGGCUGUUGCCGAGGACCCAACUCCAGGACCAGACCAACAAAUGCUGUGUUGAUUGCAACACUACCAAGACUCCUUUGUGGCGUGGAGGCCCUGCUGGUCCUAAGUCACUGUGUAACGCAUGUGGGAUCAGGUUUAGAAAGAGGAGAAUAUCCACAAACAGAGGAUAUGUGAGGAAGAAGGAGAGACCUCAUAGCUCCACCGCGAUGGCCGCAGUGUCAGCCACCACUUCUUCUUCUUCCACUGGCACAACGGCCAUCAAUACCACCACCACCACCACCAGCGGUGGCGGUAGUGGAGAUGGGGAGGAGGAUUUGGGGGAAUGUAGGUCAUUGAGGAUGAGGGUGAUGAUGCCAUUCAGGGAGGAGGUGGUGGUGGUGCAGAAUGUGUCAUCGGUUCAGAAACAGGGGAAGCUUGGGGAGGAGGAGCAGGCGGCGGUGCUGUUAAUGGCGCUGUCUUGUGGUUCUGUGUUCGCCUGAGGAAGAGGAGGAGGAAGAAGGUAUAGAAGUAGAAGAGUUCUAACAAAUACUAAUUACACCAACAACAGCAGCACCUCAUUUCCUGUGCUUGUUUGUCACUUUCUUUUGGAUGAAUCUCUAAAUUAAUGAGAUGGAAGAAACCCAAAAUAGUAGGAAUUGGGUUUGUUUUCAAAAGGAUAGUUCUAGGAAAAUCAAGAAGGGAGAUUAUUAUUAGGAAAUUCAAGAUCAUAUUUUGUGUAGUUGUAGUAUCCUUCUGUUCUUUAGUUCUAUGUCUGUAAAUAUACGUUGAUCUUGAAGAACCACCACAGGUAUUGUUUUCAAGCUUUCAAUCAUA